ACUUCAUCGGUGUGCAGUACAGUGUUGGAGGUGGCGUCGCGCUGAUCCACGAGCGUCUCGUGCUGCUGGUGCCGCCUGGGCGGCCGGACGUUGCGAGCAUACUCACUCCCGAUGACGACGAGUAUGAGGAGAAGUACGUGGCCUCGGCGGACGUGCUGAGGUGGGAUAUCUUCCCUGGGGGCGCUGCCGGCGGCACGAUGCAGUGGGCUCCCGGGGCUCGCUACUACAGGUUUCGCAGCCUGCCGACGCCGGCCACGAUCCUGACGGCCGUAGCCGCCGCGGCUGGUCGACUGGGCAUCCCCGCUCCCCUUGGGCCCAUCGUGGCCAAUGCAGCGGGUCGAGUGCUCGGUGGGCCGGCCGCCGGGGCGCCCGUCGGGCUGGCGCCCCCCGCCGUGGGCCCCGCCGCCGCUCCUGCUGCGGGCGUGGCCGGGCUGGUGGCUGCCCUCGGCGGGCCAGCGGCGGCGCUUGGAGCGCCCCUGCCGCUUCCGCCCGCCGCGGCGGCGCCGCCGGGCGGCGAGCUGGCGCCGGCCCCAGCGCCUGCGCUCGCGCUCGCGCUCGCGGCGCCGCCGCUUGGGGCGGCCGCCGCCGCCGUGGCGCCUGGGGCCCCCGCCGACCCGCGCGUGCAGCCGGGCGGGUUGCUCAUGAAGGACAACGGCUUGUCGCCCCUCGGGCGCCACAGCAAGUGGAGGUCGGAGGGCCGCCUCUCGCUCGCCGACGGGGGCGUGGCCGAGCCUGAACGGUGCUGCGCCUACUUGGAGCAGAUGGUGUGCUUCGAUCAGCUGAACGUGCCGGUGCAGGAGGAGAGGUGGCGCGAGCGGUUCGUCUCGCCCGCCGACGAGUCGCUGGACUCACACCUCUUCUACGGCACCUCGUCGAAUCGCGGCAAUGUUCGCGUGCACCCUCAGCUCCUUGCCCACGUCGGCAGCGAGCUGGCCAAGGAGUACGCCGCGGCGACGGAGAGGCGCAAGGCGAGGGAGGAGCGCCAGUCCGCCCGCACCCCGAACAACAAGGACAAGAAGGGCAAGAAGGACAAGGACAAGCGGGCCCGCCGCUCCGAUGUGCUGCUGCAGUGGGCUGACCACGGCGUGGAUGCGCUCAACCGCCUGCACGGCCACUCUGGCGAACCUCCGUCGGCGCCCGCCAACCUGGGACAGCAGACCAGCUUGAAGUUUUUGGAGGACUGCUACCUGGGCAUGGGCGCGAUGCCGAGCGAGCCAGGUUUUUGUGAAGAAGCCCUCCGCGAGCUUCUCAGCGGCUCCGCCGUCUACUCCGACGACAGCGGCGCCCGGGUCCCGUACUCCAAGGAGCUAGUCUCCUGGCCUGAGGUGGGGGCCAGCCCUACCGACCCUCAGGGCUGCCUCACUCAGGACGACGCCGACUGGGCACAGGAUUGGCGACUGAAUUUGCUCAAGACGCCCGACGAGGCGCUGCAGGGAGCCCGGCAAGCUUGCCCUCGGGGCCCCUUCGUUGACUCUCCUGUGGCACGGGACCCAGUGGUGCAUGGUGAAUUUGUUCGGCGUUUUCACCAACGCGGCAUGCUGCGCUUCAAGGUGGCCCCCACUGACAGGCACAUGAUAGGUGCAUUUCUUGCGAGGAAGAAGUCUGGACGACUUCGCAUCGUGUUCGACACGAGGUACGCCAACGCCCACUUCCACCCGGCACCUCCGACGCGUCUGCCUACGGCGGCUGCGGCGUCUUCGGUGGAGUCGGGCGGCCAGCCGCUGCACGUGGCGAGCGGCGACCUCGACAGUGCCUUCUACCGCCUCCGGCCCAUGUCGGGCCUCGAGGACUACUUCACUUUGCCGACGCUGUCGCCCACCCUGCCCGGCGUCGCCAAGCUCAAUGGCGUCACCCUCCCUGCGGGUACCUGCCUGGCGCCGUGCCUCACCACCCUGCCCAUGGGGUGGUCGUAG